AUGAGGCCGUUAUUUCAAGUGGCAGCGCAGAGUAAGCAGGAAAUUCACAGGAGGUCUGCUCGGCUCAGAAAUACUAAAUACAAAUCUGCUCCAGCUGCUGAAAAGAAAGUUUCCACUAAGGGAAAAGGGAGAAGACAUAUUUUUAAAUUAAAAAAUCCCAUCAAAGCUCCUGAGUCAGUUUCCACCAUAGUCACUGCAGAAUCAAUCUUCUAUAAGGGAGUAUAUUUCCAAAUUGGCGAUGUUGUUUCUGUGAUUGAUGAGCAAGAUGGAAAGCCCUACUAUGCUCAGAUCAGGGGUUUUAUUCAGGACCAGUACUGUGAGAAGAGUGCAGCACUGACAUGGCUCAUUCCCACUCUCUCUAGCCCCAGAGACCAAUUUGAUCCCGCGUCCUAUAUCAUAGGGCCAGAGGAAGACCUUCCAAGGAAGAUGGAAUACUUGGAAUUUGUCUGUCAUGCACCUUCUGAGUAUUUCAAGUCGCGGUCAUCACCAUUUCCCACAGUUCCCACCAGACCAGAGAAGGGCUACAUAUGGACUCAUGUUGGACCCACUCCUGCAAUAACUAUUAAGGAAACGGUUGCCAACCAUUUGUAGUUGAAAAUUAAAACUGGAUUUCCAGUUAUCUGGUACUCAUACUACUA